CACAUUCUCAAAGACGCUUCACCAACAAGUUUGAAGCAGCAAUCACCAUCAUGGCUAGACCCCAACAACGCUAUCGUGGUGUCCGCCAGAGGCACUGGGGCUCUUGGGUCUCUGAAAUUCGCCACCCUCUUUUGAAGACCAGAAUAUGGCUGGGAACGUUUGAAACAGCGGAAGAUGCUGCCAGAGCGUACGAUGAAGCGGCAAGGUUAAUGUGCGGGCCAAAAGCACGCACCAAUUUCGCUUACAAUCCUAACGACCCACAAUCUUCUUCAUCGAAGCUACUUUCUGCUACUCUGACUGCGAAGCUACACAAGUGUCACAUGGCCUCUCUUUCGCUUCAAAUGAGCAAGCAGAAGGGAUCGCAGAAAGAGGCUGAAGAAGGGUCAUCCAAUUCAGGCAAUGCCGUUGCGGGAACGAGCGCGGACACAACAGGGUUCAGAUGGGCAGAGAAGAGACAGAAGGAAGUUCAGUGGGUAGAAGAAUACCAUGUUGAAGUGGGAGAAGCAGAACAGCAACAGUUUCAUCCAGUUCUUGAAGAUGAUCACAUUGAACAGAUGAUACAGGAGCUUCUUGAUUAUGGGUCAAUGGAGUUUAGUUGUGUGGACUCAGUCUAAAAACGAAGCAAACAUUCUCCAUAUAGGCCAAUGCAGACCUCUUUUCAGGGAUGGUACUAUUUACUAAUGCCCCCGUGUAAUAAAAUAUAGUGAUGAGCUUUAGACUUUAGUACCAUAGCAGAGUUUUCACCAUGAGUUUCAAUCACUCCUCAAUUUAAUGGUCAAGCAUGUGGAACCAGAAUGUAAUCAAUCAUACAAAAACUAACGCAUGCAUAUAUGAUGUGGACUAUAUAUUCUAGAUAGCAUAAGUAAAUCAUCAAAAGACUACAAAUUCCCGACUUCCGUUUUUUGUUUAUAUCUUCUUGAUGCUGAAACCUUCCCAAAAUUCUUCAAAAGUGCAACACAUAUGUGGGACCUGUGCUGUCUAAGACAUUUAUAUUCAUGUCCACUUUUUUAUCUGCUUAACAACCACUGUUAUAAACUAUAAAUUAUGUUAAAAGAUAAGCUCAAUUCUAUUACCCAAGUGAGUGUAUAU